GGAAAUUUCACGACUGGAUUUGUUGCACAGGUGGCAUCCUAUCACAGUUCCACGCUGGAAUUCACUGAGCUCCUGAGAGCGACCCAUUCUUUCACAAAUGUUUGUAAAAACAGUCUGCAUGCCUAGGUGCUUGAUUUUAUACACCUGUGGCCAUGGAAGUGAUUGGAACACCUGAUUCUGAUUAUUUGGAUGGGUGAGCGAAUACUUUUGGCAAUAUAGUGUAGAUAGACAGAGCCCAGAGUAGCAUAACCCCUCCUUUCACAUCUCCCAGAGCCCCAGUUGGGACAGAGAGGACUUUCUCUCUCUUUUUUUCUCUCUGCUGGACUUUACAGUUCCACCAGGAAGAAGCCCCCAAAACCAGGGAGAGUCUCAAACCGUGAAUCUGAGACAAGCAGAGACCCUUAACCUGCUGAGCCGUCAGAGCCGACGGACGUCUAGGGGUUUAUCUUUCUUAUUACACCUCCAUCACCUGUGAGAGAACAGAGUACGUUAUAAAUAAACACUUUAUAUAAGUCUUACUUCACCCAAAGCAGGACUCGAACCUGCACUCUGCUCCUGUGUCGAGAGUAACAGCCUGAGAUACACAGCACCUUCUUCUCAUUUGUGUUACUCCUUCGAUUAAUUCAUUAUAAGCAAACAACACUUCAGACACUAAAGCAGGACCUGGACCUGGACUCUCCUGCUGAAAGAGGUAGAAGUUUGAUACUCUGAGUCAAUGGAGCUGCACAAAGUCUUUUAGAGAUUAGUUCACCCUUAUACAAUAUUUAACUAAAAUAAUUAAUUCAUUUAAAAUAAUAAAGACACCAUUAACAGAACCUGGUCGUCAGUACAGAGGUAAAACACUGGGUUCUGGACAAAAUCAAUUCAGAUUUGCAUCACGUAUAUAAAACAAUUUAGACUUUAAUAAGCAACUUUUACAGUGUCGUGUAAAAAUCUAUUUCUGCACAAUGUCCCCACAAGGCUGUGUACAUCUAUCACUAAACACAAGCAUCAUAAUUCUCACUAAAGAUGUAAAGAAGAUUUUAAUAGCUGGUUAUUUAUGAAGAAGAGACAGAGCUCUAAAUAACAGUCCUAGAUUUCAACACACAUGACCUAAAGAACACACACUUUCAAUGCACUUCAUUUGUUCUCUUCCCCAAAAAUAAAUGGUCACAUGGUCCACAGAAAGUUCAACUUUUUGCACAGAAAACAUUACGGCCAAAUCCUGUGGAGUGUUCCUGAGGGACUGGGAGAGAAACUCUUUCUCAACUGGGUGAGAGGGUUAUUAUUCACAGGAGUGAACAUGGACAGAGCGCUGGACCAUUCUCCGGUGUGCAGACAGAGAUGGUGGUGGUUCUCCAGCUGGCUGCCCUCCUGGUGCCCCACAUCACCGUCUCGUCUCAGAAAGGCAGAGGACAGAAUUCUCCAACCUCUCACACAGAGCUUCAGCAGGAGACAUGUCUCCAUCUCUAACGGGAACUUCAUCUGGACUCUCAUCUUUAACGAGACACAGGACACUGAGCGUUCUCGGGUCCCGGUGGUGCUGCUGCACGGGUUCGGGGGCGGAGUGGGAUUGUGGGUAAAGAACCUGGCCGCUCUGGAGCUCAGCGGGAGAACCGUAUACGCUCUGGACCUGCUGGGCUUCGGGCGGAGCAGCCGACCGGUGGCAGGCGGCCACGCCCAGGAAGCAGAGGAGCAGUUUGUCCAAUCGCUGGAGGAGUGGAGGGAAGCGGUGGGGGUGGAGCUUAUGAUAUUGUUGGGUCAUGACCUUGGAGGGUUCGUCUCCAUGGCUUACGCUCUGACACACCCACACAGAGUGAAGAACCUGAUCCUGGUGGAACCAUGGGGUUUCUGUGAGAGGCCUGAGGUGCAGGAGUUCCACUGCAGGAUCCCCAUGUGGAUGAAAGCUCUGGGAAAAGCAAUGAACCCGUUCAACCCCCUUUCACUACUCAGACUCGCAGGUCCACUGGGUCCAUUGUUGUUACAGACUCUCAGGUCAGACUUUAAACAGAAAUAUUCGGGUGUGUUUGAGGAUAAUACAGUACCUGAUUAUCUUUACCACCUUAACGCACAGACACCCAGUGGUGAGACAGCAUUCAAGACCAUGACCGUCCCAUACGGCUGGGCCCAGAGGCCCAUGAUGCACCGUGUGGGAAUGCUCGAUCCGGCAAUCCCAAUUUCCAUCAUUUGUGGUUCCCGCUCCUGCAUUGAUGGCCAAUCAGGACAAGUCAUUCGCGAGAUGCGGCCCAGCUCACAGACGGACAUAAUCGUCAUCAGAGGGGCAGGACAUUACGUAUUUGCGGACCAAUCAGAAGAUUUCAACCGGGUCGUACUGAAGAUCUGCAGAGACGUGAAUAACGGAGAGAAGACAGAGGUGGAAAAGAACAAAGAAAGAAAAGAGAAACGGGAUGAAGAGUGAAGAGAAGAGGAUGGUAGCAGACUCAUUAAAAUCAUUUCCUUUAUCGAUACCU